GUGGUGGUGUUUUUUUUUGCAAAAGAAAUGUCAACGAAUUCCGUGCAGUGUGUGUCGCUUAUUUCGGUUCCCUGUUUGCAUUUGAUUAAAACAAAAGAAAUUUCCGAAAUAUUCGCGUGAAUCUGUGUAAAUUCAGCAGAUCGAUUGAUUUCAAAUCAUUUCCCGAAGUGAAGCAGUGACAAAACCAUUCCGUGUCGUUCCCCGCGAAUAAGGUUUCAUCAAACGCCGGCUAUCGAAAACAUUUUUCGAUUACAAAACAUUGCGAAAAGCAAAAAGUGCAAAAAGCUAAUUUGUUUGGGUGCACGAACGCGCUGUGUGUCUUAGUUUAGUUUUGGGUGCAUCUGGAAUAUCGGAAAAAAGCGACAAUAAAAUGGACAAAAGCAGCGAAGAAUUGCUGUGGGCAAUUAAGAACGGCGAAUUGAAUACCGUAAAGGAUGUCGUUGAGAAUCAGAACUUUGACGUCAACUAUGAGAUUGCUUCACGAUAUCCGUUACAUUAUGCAGCUGAUUAUGGACAGACGAACGUUCUGGAUUAUCUACUGACCAAAGGAGCUAACGUUGAUGCAGUCGAUAAGCAUGGCAUCACACCGAUACUGGCCGCCAUUUGGGAAGGACAUACGGCUUGCGUUCAAUUGUUGCUGGACAAAGGUGCAACGAAAAGUGGAAGUGCCCCAGACGGUACCAGCUACGUUGAUGCAGCCGAAAAGCCUGAGAUUAAAAAACUUUUAGCUUAAGAUGCGGACGUGAGUGGGGAAUUGGUCGUCGUCGUAUGUCAAAUGAGAAACAGUGUGUCGUAUCAGUAUUUCGGUCAAACAUCAACAAUUCCAUUAUGUGGCUACGUACACAACGGAAUGUUUUUACGUAAAUUUGUAAUUCUUAAGAAGCAAAAUUUUUGUUGUUUAUAAUUUAGAGACAAAAAAUGUUUAAUUUCCCGGCAAAGAAAAAAAUAUUUUGAGAAACAUAACGAUGUCAGCGAUGUAGUAGCUUCGAUUGGAUCGGCAAUAAAUUAUGUGGAAAUUUGAAAAGGGA